AUGCCACGGGGGACGCGGCUAUUUGCGCAAAAUAACGUGCGACGUAACGGCCGUGGCAAUUGCUUCCUUGCCAGGCUGCUUGAUUGGCACAGUUACAAGGCUCGGCCGUUCCAUGCCAGGUUCAAUGGUGCCGAAAGACAUCGUUCAUCUUCAACUCUGCAGAGGUGGUUGUCCCAGCCGCAGGAUGCUGGAGACCAGAAAAGAAGCAGCAAAAGCUCAACGCUGCAUCGCCAGAGCCACCAACCGAGGAAGGCUGGCCUUGUGCCACUAUUAAGAUGUACGGAAUUCGGGCCAAUGGGCCAGGUAUUGAUUGCAAACGGGAGGCUGAAGAAGACUGAACUUGUUACGAGAUACGGGCUGCUCCCCCGUGACAUGCGCAAGAUUGAUACAUCAAACUUGCCCCAUAUCGACAUACGGCCUACAGUUAUACUACUGAAUCUCCUAUACCUAAAGGUCUUAAUUAAACGAGAUCGCGUUUUGCUUUUCGACAUGGACGGCACACGCACGUCAAGCGUUCAAGCCUCGUUUGUGGAAGACCUUCAAACCAAGAUGCGACCAGACCGUACUGAUGGAGUUGCACCUCCACCAUAUGAGUUUGAAGUUCUAGAUGCAGUUCUUAAUGCGGUUGUUAUCGAAUUAGGGAAUGAAUUGGAAUCUGUGCGUACUCCAGUCAUCAGUCUUCUCGCAGAACUCGAGGAGAACAUCGAUCGACAGAAGCUCCGUAUGCUACUGAAGCUGUCCAAGCAGGCCAGUGCGUUUGAACACAAGGCAAAACUUGUGCGGACAGUCUUAGAUGACAUCCUUGAGAGCAACGACAGCCUUUCUGCCUUGUAUUUAACGGACAACGCUCAGAAUGUCCAUGGGCCUGAGGACCUUUCUGAGGUGGAGUCCAUGUUGGAAUCGUACUACGCUAUAUGCGAUGAAAUUGCACAGGAUGCACAGAGCUUGACCUCAAUGAUCAAGAAUACGGAUGACAUCGUGCAAACAAUUUUAGAUACAAACCGGAAUUCGCUCAUGCUUCUGCAUUUGAAGUUCAUCUCCUGUACACUGGCCCUGGGAACAGGCACAUUUGUGGCUUCAUUUUAUGGAAUGAACAUCCAGAAUGUGCUUACCGAGGCAGAUUUGGGCUUCGUGGUGGUGUCAGCAGGUUCCGUUACGUGUAUUGCCGGCGCCGGUUGGUUUGGCUUGAGAAUCGUUGGAAAUCUCAAACGAGUCACAAUGAAGCGCAACAAAGGGUUUCUUGGCUAA